GCGGCCAUGAGCGGGGCGCCGACUGAGGGGGCGGCCUGGGCGGCACUGGAACCGGCGGAGGUGCUGCGCGCCGCGCGGGCCGGGCCGGGCCUGGACGCGGGCGAGGUGGGCGUGGGCCCGGCGGCGCUGCUGAGGGAGACGGCGGCGCUGCUGGGCCAGGCCGAGGCGCCGGGCGGGUGGCCGGCGGCGGCGCGGGAGGCCUGCCUGCGGGCGGCCGAGCGGCUGGGCGACUGGGCGUGGGAGCGGCUGCAGGAGGGACCUUGGCAUCGCGUGGGCCGCGCCUGGCGCCGCCUCUUCGCUCACGCCUGCCUCCUGCGCGCGCUCUGCCUGUGCCGCGCGCGGGGGCCCUGCGCCGAGGCCCUGCGCGCCUGCGACCUGGGGUUGCUGCUGGGCGCGCCCGGCCCCGAGCUGGCCCGCCUGGCCGCGCUGCUGCAGCGCCUGCUGCCCGCCCCGGAGGGCCCGCCCUGCAAGAAGCCGCGCACGGAGCGCCCCCCGGCCCAGGGAGAGGCGGCGGCGGAGGGCGGCCCGGUGGCCCGGCUGCGGUGCCCGUCUCUGCAGCGCUUCCGCGAGCGCUUCCUCCUGCCCGGGGCGCCGCUGGUGCUGGAGGGCGUCGUGGACCACUGGCCCUGCCUGCGCAAGUGGAGCGUGGAUUAUCUCCUGCAGUUGGCCGGCCACCGCACCGUCCCAGUGGAGCUGGGUGCUCGCUACACCGACCAGGAUUGGUCCCAAAACCUCAUGACAGUCGGGGAAUUCAUCAGCCAGUACAUCAAGCAGGAGAAUCCCAAUGGAUACCUUGCUCAGCACCAGCUUUUCGACCAGAUCCCAGAGCUGAAGGAAGACAUUGGCAUCCCGGACUAUUGUUGCCUGGGCAAAAACGAGGAAGAGGAGAUCACCAUCAAUGCCUGGUUUGGUCCAUCCGGGACCAUCUCACCUCUUCACCAGGAUCCACAACACAAUUUCUUGGUCCAGGUGAUGGGACGCAAAUAUAUCCGCCUGUUCUCUCCUGAUCAGUCUGAAAAACUGUAUCCACAUGAAGGCCACCUUCUUCACAACACCAGCCAGGUCGAUGUGGAAAACCCUGACUUAGAGAAGUUCCCUAAGUUCAAGGCAGCUGCAUUUCAAGACUGUAUCUUGAGCCCUGGAGAGGUCCUGUUUAUCCCGGCCAGCUACUGGCAUCAUGUUCGAGCCCUGGACACCAGCUUCUCUGUGAGCUUCUGGUGGUCCUAAUUUAUCCUGAGAACAGAACAGGCGUUUCAAGAGGAACCAAGAAGGCCAUGUUAGAAAGCCAUGGCUGAUCCAAGACAAGCACACCCACAAGCAGAAUACACUAGUCUUCUAAGGCCGCCUAUUUCCAAAUGCACUGGAAUAACACACUUUGCAAUACUCAAUCCCAAGUUUAUUUUGUCAGUAAAAAAUACGUCACUUGCAGUUACCAACAUUAAGGCAAGUCAUCCCGCAGGAGUCCCAAAGGGAUCGGUUCUUGGGCAAAAUAUGCAAGGAAAUUAAAAUUCCCUAAUGGAUCUACAACCCACUCAAGUCCCACCAGUUCAGAGAAGAACCUAAGAGGCAGAACGCCUUCACUUUCAAGACUCCUACAAUAAGUGAGAUUCCAUUGCAUCCCUGGUCCCCACACGGCCACACCAAUGUCCAGGGACACGCUCUUGUGGCAUCCCUUCCUCAAAUGGACCAAGUCUAAGGACUGCCCUCCCCAAAGGACAUUUCUGCUCAGACCUACAGAAUGUCCUCCAAUUGCUUUGCAGCCUCGUCCAAUGGAGAAGAUUUGUCUCGGUAGGAACUAAAACUAUCAUCCACAAAAGUUUAAUGUGUUUUUCUUGGAAUAGAUAAAUAAUGGCUACAGCCCUGGAAAA